AUGGCUGAGGAUUGGGAUCUCUUUGCCAUCGUGCGAAGUUGCCUAUCAGCCACCAAUACUGCCACCGUAGAAAUUCCACAAACCACCACCAAUACCAUAUCACUUACAGACACUUCCUCUUCCUUGGUCACUUCCACUGUCAACGAAGAAUAUGACGUAUUUUCUUUUCCCAAUAUAGUGCAACCUAUAACCAAUGAGUUUCAAGAGCUUCACCAAUUGUUCACACCCGUUAACCCCACCACUUCCACUAGUGCUCCUGGUAUCAAUCCCAAUUCCCCUGAUUUUGCAGAACAUGAAAGGAAGCAGCGUGACCCUUUUCCUGUGCUUGCUCCUCCUACUCACACCUCAAUUUGGCCUCAUUUUGUGCCAGAACUCUCCACUUCAAGUUUCAACAAAUUCCAUGACCAACAACAACCACAGAAACAACUGCAAGUAGUUCAGACACAGAAAUUUCAAGUACCCCAGAGCAAUUCUCCUAUUGUUUCACCAAGCACACAACCUCAAACACCCAGAUCAAGAAAAAGAAAAAGCCAACAGAAGAAAAUGGUGUGUCAUGUAACCGCAGAUAACCUCUCAGCAGAUUUGUGGGCCUGGCGAAAAUACGGACAAAAACCAAUAAAGGGUUCUCCAUAUCCAAGGAACUACUAUAGGUGCAGCAGCUCCAAAGGUUGUGCGGCGCGAAAGCAAGUUGAACGGAGUAACACUGAAACCGACAUGUUCAUCGUGACGUACACCGGAGACCACACGCAUCCCAGACCCACCCACCGAAACUCGCUCGCCGGAAGUACCCGGAGUAAGACUCCGACGACGAAUCCACCACCGUCACCCACGUCCUUCUCCUUUCAAGUCAACCCGUUUUCUUCUUCUUCUUCACCAUCACACUCUCCGACCACGACUUCGGAAGACCCACCGGAAACAGGCGUGGCUGAAGCGGAAGUGGAACCCGAGCCGGAAAUAGAAACCGAAGAGGACGACGAAGUUGACCGUGACGUUCGGUAA